AUGUAUCAUUCAUAUGUGUAUGUAAUAUGACUCUAUGCCUGAUGCAUUCAUAUGCUCAAUUUCUCUACUAAUACCUUUAGUUGUUGUAGAUAAGAUGUUCGACAAAAUGUGUAAGUGAAGUUCUUAGAAGUGGUUAUGUAUUAGUUUGCCUUGGUGUUUGGUGCCACGUCAUCAGGUUUGGUCGUAUCAAGCUAGCUGGGUCGGGUUGAGAUUCGGGUUAACGGGUUGACCCAAUUACCCAUUGGUCGCUUUUUCUGAUUUCUUCUCUUCUCACAGUGCUCUCACCUAACGCAGAUUCUUCUUCUCUACCAUAUUCGUUGAAACCAGAGAAGAUGGUGGGUGUGUCGCCGAAGAUCGCUCCGUCGAUGUUGUCAUCGGACUUUGCAAAUCUUGCCGCGGAGGCUAAGCGGAUGAUCGAUUUGGGCGCCAAUUGGCUUCACAUGGACAUUAUGGACGGGCAUUUUGUUUCUAACCUAACGAUUGGUGCUCCUGUCAUCGAGAGUUUGAGGAAGCACACAAAUGCAUAUCUUGAUUGCCACUUAAUGGUGACGAACCCCAUGGAUUAUGUGGAUCAGAUGGCUAAAGCUGGGGCGUCUGGUUUCACAUUCCACGUUGAGGUGGCCCAAGAGAAUUGGCAAGAACUUGUGAAGAAGAUUAAGGCUGCUGGGAUGAGGCCAGGUGUGGCUCUAAAGCCUGGAACACCUGUUGAACAAGUCUAUCCUCUGGUCGAAGGUACAAAUCCGGUCGAAAUGGUUCUUGUGAUGACUGUGGAGCCUGGAUUUGGAGGCCAGAAGUUCAUGCCCAGCAUGAUGGACAAGGUCAGGGCAUUGAGGAACAAGUACCCAACACUUGAUAUUGAGGUGGACGGCGGCUUAGGCCCUUCCACAAUCGAUGCAGCAGCUGCAGCUGGAGCCAACUGUAUCGUCGCAGGAAGUUCAGUGUUUGGAGCUCCGAAGCCUGGGGACGUCAUAUCCCUUUUGCGGGCUAGUGUUGAGAAAGCACAACCCUCCACUUAAGGAAGUUGGUGCCCUAACUCUAUGAGCCAAGGUCUUAAGCUAAUACUUUUUUAUUUCUUUGAAAUGGAAUAAACCUUAGAUCUUAGUUACUUGUUAUACAAUUAAAAUGUGUCUGAGAGCUUUUGCCCUAGCGAUGAAAUUCCACAAGAAAAUCACCGGAGAUAGAAUUUUUUGUUAAGAAAUUGUUUAUUAUGUAGCAGUUACAUUUUAGUCUAUCAGACUUAAUUAGAUAAUCCAGACGAUGGUACAAC